AUGUCAACAAAACCCAUAUUUGUUGCGACCCAUCCCCGGGCAUGCAGUACUGCAUUUGAAAGAGUCUUUAUGACCCGCCAGGAUACACUUCGGUGUGUGCACGAACCCUUUGGCGAUGCCUUUUACUUUGGCCCGGAGAGAUUGAGCGCCAGAUAUGAAGAUGACGAGAAAGCCCGCCAAGAGAGCGGCUUUGCGAACAGCAGUUUCAAGUCCAUCUUUGAGAGGAUUGAGAAAGAAGGAAAAGAGGGCAAACGACUAUUCAUCAAGGACAUCACACAUUAUUUGGUGCCUCCGGAGGGAAAGCCAGCAACCAUCGCCCCAUCCCUUGGUGGUAAAACCGUCAAGAAAGGAGUCGGCACGAAUGGAGAGAAGAUUGUGACCAAUGGGGUGACCAACGGCUUGACAAAUGGCAACGAGACCACCAACGGCCACCACACCAACGGCCACCACACCAAUGGCCAUCACACCAACGGCAAUCAUACCAACGGCCAUCAUACCAACGGCAACCACAAAGCCCCGUACCCGCACGAUACCGGCGCUGAGCCAGGAAACCCCACCGUCGUCCCGGCCGAAGUCCUCAGGCAAUUCCAUUUCACCUUCCUGAUCCGACACCCACGCCACUCCAUCCCCUCUUACUACCGUUGCACGAUCCCCCCUCUCGACGCCAUCACCGGCUUCUACAACUUCAUGCCCUCCGAGGCUGGGUACGACGAGCUACGCCGCGUCUUCGACUUCCUGGUUAAGGACGGACAAGUCGGGCCCGCCGAAGCCGGCAAGCAUGGAGAUCUAAGCGAUGGAGAGGUCAGCAUCACAGUCAUCGACGCCGACGAUCUCCUCGAUAACCCGGAAGGUAUCGUGCGCGCGUAUUGCAAGGAAGUCGGUCUUGAGUACAGCCCUGACAUGCUCGUCUGGGACACAGACGAGGAUCAUCAGAGAGCGCGAGAGGCAUUCGAAAAGUGGAGAGGUUUCCACGAUGAUGCUAUCAACAGCACCUCGCUCAGGCCGAGGAGCGCUACCCAUAAAAAGAAGGCAAAGUCCGUCGAGGCGGAAGAUCAGGAAUGGAGAGAGAAGUAUGGGGAGGAAGGGGCACGCGUUAUCCGGCAGUGCGUGCAGGCCAACUUGGCAGAUUAUGAGUACCUGAAGGGCUUUGCUAUCAAAGUCUAG